AUGAAUCGUUUUGCAGUUAUUUUGAUGGGGUCAUUAAUCGAGCAGUUAACUGCACUUGGGCAAGGGCGUCGUCAUCCCACUGAUCCAUUUUUUGUUGCUGGAGAUGAAGUCUGUAAAGCUACUGAGAGACAGGGAGUGUACGAUAUAGAUGAAGAGGAACUGUGCCAUCAGGGGGUGCCAGCUUUCCCGUGUCAUAUUCCAGGCUGCUGUGCAGUGUUUGAGUCGUUGAUGGAUUUUGAAAUGCACUAUAACAGUCUCCAUCGCUAUCCAUGCUCUGUGUGCAAGAAGCAGCUCCCAUCUGCGCAUCUCUUGGAUCUUCAUGUUGCAGAAAGUCAUGAUUCAUUCUUUCAAGUUCAGUCUGAACGAAUGCCUAUGUAUCAGUGCUAUGUUGAAGAAUGUGGGGAAAAAUUUUCCACUCCAAAAGAUCGGAGAGACCAUUGUAUAUCUCUGCACAAAUUUCCUCAUGACUUUCGAUUUGACAGUUCAUGGAAGCAGAAAGGAAAUGUUAAAAAGCAUAAGAAGAAAGCAAACGUAGAAGUGACCGAUGUUGACAUGCAACAGGAUGGGCAUCACAGUGAAGCCAAGAGACCUGCGAAAAAUGUGUUUCGUGGCAAGGGGAAACGUGGCGGUAGAAUGUGGCAUAGUCAGAAACAAUCAAACGCUCCACAAUGUUUAGAUGUAGAAUUUGAGCAAGUUGCCCAAGAACUUAGAGAAAGCUUGCCUGAUGAAGUCAUGGAUGAAGUAACAAAUUGAAGGAGUGUACUACAACGUCUAAAUCAUGUCAACAGUUAUUACCACUUAGAAAACCUGGUGAAGUUAGGGAAAUUGUGGAGUAAGGAAGAGUAUAAUUCAAAGAGUAAUAAUGAAACUGACGAAGUUUGUAGAUAUUAUACACAUAUAAUGCCAGUCAUUUGAAUUCCUUAUGUAUUUACAUUUUCUUUUAUGUUGUAGAAGCUGUGGUGAAGUGUGUCUCUUUAGUUAGAAUAAAUCAUGAAACUUUACAUAGUAAAAAUCAUGAAUCAAUGUAAGGAAGAGACCAAAGCAACUUCGUAAUGUUACUUUAGUACAGAAGUUUGUACACAUACAUCCAAUUUCAUAAAAUUAUAUUUAUUUAAUUUGUGUGUUCUUUGUAUUUUAUUUUGAAGGUAAUAAUUAGUUUUUUUGAAUGCAUUGCAUUAUAAGGCUCUUCAAGGAAGUCUUAGAUGGCUAUAAUUACUUGCAAAACAACCAUUUGG